GGCGCAAAAUAUUGUUGUUGUUUCUGACUACAAUUUCAAUGGCAAAAUUCCAAUCAAUUCAGCUCUCAGGACAAUCUAUUAAAGAUGCCCUAGUCGAGUACACAAUUCUCGAUAUCAUGAACAACAAUCAAUUCGAAGGCAUUGAAUUUGAUUAUGCAGAAGACGGCUUUCCAGCGUAUAAAUUCCUACCCAUCGCUGAUGUCAAGUCGCCGUAUCGCUUGUUCCUGCCAGAGAAGUUGUAUGAAUUUGCAAUUAUGGCGUCGUUUAGCCCGAAUUCACCCAAGGGCGGUUAUCUAUUCAGUGUGGUGAAUCCAUUGGAUACGGUUGUGCAGUUGGGCUUACAUUUAUCACCUGCGAUAAAAGGCAUGUGGAAUGUGUCGCUGCUGUACACACAAUCCGAGAGUAAUACGAUACGGAAACUAGUCAGCUACCAUCUACCCUACAAGGGCAAAACCUGGUCGAACAUCGCCUUUCAAGUGCUAAGCGAUAAAGUCGUCUUUUAUCACAAUUGUAAAGAGACCGAAACCACAUUAAUUUCUAAGGAGCCCAUGGAGCUUGUUUUCGACUCCGCAUCCACUUUGUAUGUGGGACAAGCUGGCCCAAAUCUCGGCGGAAAUUUCGAGAUAAAGCCAAUAUAUGACACCUAUCAGCGUGAGACCGAACUCAACUUAUGGGAACCAAUUAAUCGUUACUGGGCCGAGUGCUAUGAAUCCUGUAAAGCAGCUUCGAAAAAACGUGGCACAUUCCAAGCAGAAAACCGGCGACUCUUUCAGCAAAAAAUUGUCAUGCCAUGGAAGGUGCGUCAAGUAGAAGAGAUGACACGCCUAAAUGCGUCUGCACUACAGCAAAAAACCAAAAAUAGUCAUAUUAAAAAAAGAUGGAAAACUGCUAAGAGAUUUCUAUAUGGACCGCGCGGUCCUUGGUUUACCGGGUAA